GAUGAUGAUCACUCGCGGUCAACGAGUAUGGCCACGCACGCCGCCAAAUUCCCGCGCUGGCGUUGCACGGCCUGUGCCUACCUCGUGAACGACGUCGAGACGACGAUCUGCCCUGGCUGCGGCCACCCAAUUAAUUCGCGAGAAAUCGGAGCAUUGACGCAACAAGAAAUUAAUCCUCUGGAGGUGGCUUCACCAACAGACACCCUAACCCCGUCCUCCACGUCCUUAUCCUCGUCUACAUCGGCUUCUGAGCCACCAACCCCACUGCCAAGGCAAACUUCAAGUGAUGUGACGCGAGAUAUUGACUGUAUCAAUGUCAACAAUGACAACAAUGAACGUCCAUUACUUGCUCUUGGCACUAAGAUAAACCCAUCAACUAUAGAAGUUUCAAGUAAAAUUAAUCGAAGAAAUUCGUGGGGAGGUGUAUCGUGUCAAAGGCAACAUCUGAAAAGAUCACCUUCAUUACCACUUCUUGUAACACGUUGGACCUGCAUUCGAUGUUUACAAGCCAACUGUUGCAGUGCAACACCAAUUUGCACAGCCUGUGGUGCGAGUUCAUCGAUAGCAGAAACAAAUGGAAAUUUGAUUGGCGUGAGACGAGGAAAAAAAUUGAAAGCUUUAAAAUUAAGUAAUAAACAAGAGCCUCGAGUAGAUUUAGUUGCUACAGUAACUGCAGGUCUUGUAACACGUAUCCUCGACGUUAGCUGUGCUAAUCUUGGCUCAGCAGCUGUAUUGGAUAGAAACGAAGGUAUGGCACAGUUGAGUGGUUUAAGUCAAAGAGAUAGAAGUCAAUCUAAUCGAGAAGAUUGGACUUUACCGCCUGUAGAAACGAUGGAUCCUUCAGUUUUGUCUUUUGGAGAAACUCCAGAUGCUUCACAAAGAUCGCCAAAACGUCACAGUCCUUCUGUCUAUGAACGAGUUAAAUCAAAAGUUAGUCGGUCAUUGUCAAAUGGAACUGGGGUACAAAAACUGUCAGAUCAUGGAAUACAAAGACCCACAAGUCUGAUUGUUUCUGAAGCGCAUCAAGAUGAUAGUUUAUGGAGUUGUGAUAAUUGUACACUUGAUAAUUCAGCGGAAUUAGAACAAUGUGAAGCAUGUGAAGCUCCAAGAAGUCCAGCACCUUGUAGUGGAGUUGUAAUAAGUGUACCUUCUUGGGAGUCUAGACCUCUCUCUUCAGCAGGACCUUUAUCGUAUCGUAGAUCUUUCUCUGAAGUUGAUACUGUUGCUAAUGCUACCCAGAAAAAAACAGUUAAUCGACGGAGUCUGAAUGAUGAUGAACCUCCUGCAGUACCACCUCACUCUGUUGGAUUUAAUUCGCGGCCUAAGUAUUCUUAUAUUGGAAUUACCGACCCUGAUGCUCCUCCACCGUUGCCGAAGAAGCAGAGCAGCAAACUAGCGCUAACUGUAUCACGAGCUCACAGUGAAUCUACCAGUCCAGUUGAAACUCCAGGGUCUAGUCCUCUUAAACGUAUGUGGACCUGUCGAAAGUGCUCUUAUGCUUAUAAUCCCCUUUGGUCGAUGGGUUGCGAUAUUUGCAGUUCUACAAGAACACCCUCGUCACUUUUACAAUCUAAUUUAAUUACUGUGACUAAGGAUUCAAUAAAUUGUCGCUCGCAAGUUCAGUCUCCGAUCGUUGUGUCGCGGGAUAGUGUGAGAUAUAUUCCACCUAAAGCAACCCUGGCUACUGCAGAGUCCGAUUUAGAAGAUCACAUUGAGCCAUCAUUGCCAGCAUGGACUUGCAAAAAGUGUACCCUACUUAAUGCAGCUUCUAGAACUACAUGUGAAGCAUGCGGUGGUUCUAAGUUACGUAGUAUCAGUCAUAUCGAAGAUCCAACGUUAAGGAAAGGAGAAAGUUGGGUUUGUCCAUCGUGUACUUUAAGGAAUCCUCUUACUGCUCAGAAUUGUAAUGCUUGCAAAACCCUAGCAGACUUUCUAGAAAUCCCAAGGGAUAAUCGAGUGUCCGGUCAACGAAGUCCUAGCCCAAGAUUAUCUAGUGGACUUUCAAGUAAUAUUAGAAUUUCUACACCUCGGCAUAAAAAUUCUGUUAGACGAAAUGGACCAAGUAUUCAGAAUGAUAAAAAGCACUCUAAAACAAAAGAAUCUAGUGUUAGUCAGUGGCAAUGCAAGGUAUGCACAUAUGAAAAUAAGAGCACAAAUGGAGUUUGUGAAAUGUGCCAAAGUUCCAAGUCCUUGUCGCAAACGCCCGGUGACAGACCACGAUUUAAUGAACCUGGAAGAAGUACUUUAAGGAUACAAAGGCAAGAAAGUGUAGUAAUGGAAAAUUUGCGACAUAUUGAGGAAAGGGAAGCCUUAGAAAAGUGGGAAAGAAUUGUGCGAUAUUGCAAAGAGACAAAUGAACCAUUCGUUGAUGAUUCUUUUCCUCCAGCACCAAAGUCACUUUACUAUAAUCCCGCAGAAACAAAAGAUAAUCAUGUAGUGCAAUGGAGAAGACCACACCAGAUAAAUGUUGAUUCUAGUGUUGAUUCAAAAUUGCCUUGGGCGGUUUUCAGAACACCUUUACCUUCAGAUAUCUCACAGGGUGUUUUAGGAAAUUGUUGGUUACUCUCAGCACUUGCUGUACUUGCAGAAAGUGAUGAGCUUGUAAGAAGAGUGUUAGUCAUGCGAGAGACAUGCCCGGAAGGUGCUUAUCAGGUUCGAUUAUGCAAAGAUGGAAAGUGGACUACAGUGCUUGUUGAUGAUCUUUUACCAUGUGACAAACGAGGUCAUUUGGUUUAUUCUCAGGCCAAGAGAAAACAGUUAUGGGUGCCGCUAAUUGAAAAAGCAGUAGCUAAAAUUCACGGAUGUUAUGAAGCUCUAGUUUCUGGACGAGCUAUUGAAGGAUUAGCUACUCUCACUGGAGCUCCUUGUGAGAGUGUACCUUUACAACCUUCUGCACUACCUAGUGAAGAUGAAUUAGAUAAAGAUUUAAUUUGGGCUCAGCUUCUCUCAUCUCGACAAGCAAUGUUUCUAAUGGGUGCAAGUUGUGGUGGUGGUAACAUGAAAGUAGAUGAAGAAGAAUAUCAACGGAAAGGAUUAAGACCAAGACAUGCAUAUUCAGUCCUUGAUGUGAGAGAUGUUCAAGGUAUAAGAUUGCUACGGUUACGUAAUCCUUGGGGUCAUUAUAGUUGGAAAGGAGAUUGGUCAGAUGAUAGUCCAACAUGGACUCCAACGCUAAGAGAAAUGCUAAUGCCACAUGGUGCUUCUGACGGAGUCUUUUGGAUAUCUUUUGACGAUGUUCUUAAAUACUUUGAUUGUAUUGAUAUUUGUAAAACUAGAGUUGGAUGGAGUGAAGUUCGAUUACGUGGUACUCUACCACCACUGUCAUCAUUAAGACAUUUAUCUUGUGUGCUAUUGACGGUGCUUGAGCCUACAGAGACGGAAUUUACAUUAUUUCAAGAAGGCCAACGAAACUCUGAAAAAUCGCAACGAUCACAAUUGGAUUUAUGUGUCGUCGUUUUUCGUACACGAUCUCCAGCUGCUCCUGAAGUUGGUCGAUUAGUAGAACAUAGUAAACGGCAAGUACGAGGUUUUGUGGGUUGUCACAAAAUGCUAGAAAGAGAUCUAUAUAUAGUUGUUUGUCUCGCAUUCAACCAUUGGCAUACUGGGAUGGAGGAUACAUCCAGUUAUCCGGAAUAUGUGUUAGCUAUACAUAGUUCUAAAAGACUUCUUGUAGAGCAAAUAUCGCCUCCAGCUUUCGUUUUGGCUGAUGCUAUUAUUAGCUUGACCUUAGCGAAAGGGCAACGUCACGAAGGAAGAGAAGGAAUGACAGCUUAUUAUCUUACAAAAGGUUGGGCUGGUCUAGUAGUGAUGGUUGAAAAUCGCCACGUAAAUAAAUGGAUUCAUGUUAAAUGUGACUGCCAUGAAAGCUACAAUGUAGUUUCAACAAGAGGACAAUUAAGAACAGCUGACAGUGUACCUCCACUUCAUCGGCAAGUGAUUAUAGUAUUAACACAAUUAGAAGGCAGCGGGGGCUUUUCUAUAGCUCACCGUCUGACACACAGAUUAGCUAACAGUGGAAAUCUCCAUGACUGGGGUCCUCCAGAUACUCAACAUUGUCCUCAAAUAGAUACUCAGGUUGAAGGUUUACACAGCCCUCGAUUAAUCACGUGAACGUACAAUAUUUAUCGUGCUAUAUAUGGCCACAUCUACUAUUUAAUGAAUUCAAGUUGGAAAUAUUUCUAUAUUCUACGAUAAUAAAUGGAACAGCAAUCAUAAGUAGGAUUCUAUAAACGAUAAUUCAAUUUUCUGAUGUCAUGACAUCAUUUUCGUGAUAGACUCUUAGCCUACUUAACACAAUAUGGUAUUAUGUGAUAAAAAUAUUGAAAAUGUGACAGAGAGAAGUGAAAAUUACAUAAUGAGAACAAUUUCUUGAAAAAAAAAUGGAUAAACAUUUAAAAUAAAUAGUGAAACCUGUGAAAAUUAGCUAUCAAACAAGAUAAACAUUCGAUCAAAUAAAAUUGGUCGUUAAAAUUCAAGAAAUAAUUUUUGAAAAAUAAAUUGAAGAUUGAAAUACUUUGCUUGCUGUAUGCAAAAAAGAAACAAAAACAGUUAUUUUCUCAACAUAAUAAUUAAGUAUCAUAUGAAUGAGUGUUAUAACGUAGUAGUAUGAAAGAUAUAACUCAUUAUAUUAUACAUCAAUUAUUUUCAGAAUUAUUUACAGAUAAUCCUAUAAAUUUAAUUUUCUUUUUAAUAAUUAAAUAAUUAUUUCUAUAUUUAGAGAGUCAUAUAAACAUCUUAAAUGCUCUGAUAAUACCAAAGAAAAUCGUUUAUGAAAAAAUUGACAUCUGGUUUGGCCAUGACUCAUGUAUAUAAUUUUGUUUCCGAAUUUAAUAGUCUACAAACUGUUAAAUUUCAUUUUAGAAAAGAAUAUUUUUAUUUUAUAAUUAAUACUAUUAUUUUAUUUGAUUUAUAUUUGAAAAAAAUUAUAGUAAUAUCAUCAUUUGUGGAUUUAUU